AUGGCGGGCUCGGCCCACUUCCGGCGCGCCUGCAUCAUCGAUCUGCAGGCGGGCCUCUUCGGCUACACGGUGGCCUUCACGGGCUCGACGCUGUCGGCGAUGAUCUCCGCGACGGACCUCUGCCCGACGGACGACCUCUGCGCCCGCGGCGCCUUCGUGGCCUCCGUCGCGCCGCUCGCGGCCAUGGUCGCGUCGCUCGGCGCCGGGCGCGCGACGGACCUCGUCGGCCGGCGGCGCUACCUGCUGCUCGUCUCGGCCAUCUGGGCCGUGGGCUACGCGACCAUCGCGGCCGCGACGUCGUUCGCGGGGCUCGUCGCCGGCCGCGCGAUCACGGGCGUCGCCAUGGGCGCGACGUCCGUGGGCGUGCCCGUCUACGUGACGGAGCUGAGCCCGCCGGACCUGCGGGGGCCGCUCGGCGGCCUCUUCAACGUCUUCAUCUCCACGGGCAUCUUGCUCGUCUUCGCGCUCGGCGUGCGAGGCGCGGACGGCGGCUGGUGGCGCGUCAUGGCGGCGCUGGGCUGCGCGCCGGCGCUCCUCGCCGGCGCCUGCAUCGCCGGCGGCCUCGUGCCCGAGUCGCCGCGCUGGCUCGCGGCCCAGGGCCGGGCCGACGAGGCGCGCGCCGUCGCCGCGGCCCUCUACGGCGAUUCGAAGGCGUCGGCGAAGCUCGUCGACGACGCCGUCGCCGUGGCCCCGGGCGGCGCCCGCGAGGGGAGCUUCCGGUCCCGCGCCGUCGUCGCCGGCGUCGGCGUCGUCGUCUGCUUCGUCGCGACGGGCAACAACGUCAUCCAGGCCUACAUGGACGUGAUCCUCGAGGCGUCGGGCGCGUCCGCGGACGCGGCGACGCUCGGCGCCGUGUCCUUCGCGGCGACGCAGCUCGUGGGGGCGCUGGCCAUGGCCGCGGGCGUCAUCCAGGCCUUCGGGCGCCGGCCGCUGCUGCUCGCGUCCGCGCUGGGCGCGGGCGCGGCGCUCGCGGCGAUGGGCGCGGCGUCCGCGAACGGCGCGGGGUUGCUCGCGAUCCUCGCCGCGGACUGCUUCAUCGCCGCCGUGACGCUCGGCCUGUCGACGCUGUCCUGGGUCUACGCGUCCGAGGUCUUCCCGGACGCGAUCCGCGGCCGCGCGAUGGGCUCCGCGACGAUCCUGUUCUGGGGCAUCACGUUCUGCUUCAUCGAGUCCUUCGACGUCGUCUCCGGCCUCAUCACGAUCCCGGGCGUCCUCUUCAUCUUCUCGGGCCUCUGCUUCGCGUCCGCGGCCUUCGUGUUCUUCUUCGUCGUCGAGACGCGGCACAAGUCCCUCAACGAGGUCCAGGCGCUCUUCGUCGGGGAGGAGGGGGACCCGCUGCUGGCUUAA